AUGUCUUUCCGUGAGAAACAACAUACAAUAGAAGAAGAAAAAGGUGGUGGAUUUGGAGAUCCAUAUUCAGCGGAUGAGUACCAGUAUUUACAAGCAUCACUGACCAGAAAACUGGGCCCAGAGUAUGUUUCGCGGAGGUCUGGUCCAGGUGGAUUUUCAGUGAGCUAUAUCGAAUCUUGGAAGGCCAUUGAGCUUGCUAAUGAAAUUUUUGGAUUUAAUGGGUGGUCAUCCUGUAUAAGAAGUGUGAUUAUUGAUUUUCUGGACGAAAACAAAGAAACCAAUCGAGUGAGUUUAGGAUUAAGCGUCGUGGUUCGAGUGACUAUUAAAGAUGGAGCAUAUCAUGAGGAUAUUGGUUACGGGUCAAUAGAUAAUUGCAGAGGGAAAGCAUCUGCGUUUGAAAAGUGUAAAAAAGAGGGAACCACAGAUGCCUUAAAACGUGCCCUCAGAAACUUUGGAAACAGUCUUGGAAAUUGCAUGUAUGACAAGUAUUAUUUACGAGAAAUUGGAAAAAUGAAACCCCCAGCAUAUCAACUUGAUAGCGGUGAUUUAUUCCGCAAGUCAGAAUCGGGCUCAAGAGGAGAAUUCAUGAAGAAAAGAAAUGCUCCAAGCAAAUCCAACAAUAGACCAGUCGUCAAAAAUGAAAAAUCCUUCCAUCCAUCUGCCACCAAUCCAAGACAGGAAAACAGAGAUCCAGAGAUGUAUUCUGAUGAGGAGUUGGAUAAUAUCUUUGUAGAAGACGAUAUGAUUGCCCACUUGGCAGUUAAUGAUACAGGAUCUCCCGCUAACAAAUCAUUUGAAGAGUCCGACGUGAAACCCAAACCAGAACCGGUGAAACCAGCUUCAAAACCAAUUCAACGAAAUAAUACAUAUCCUAUGGCUGGGGCUCCUCAUUCAUCAAACGAAAAGAUGAAACCUAGCGGCCCAAGUUUGCCUCCAAAAGUCGAUGAGUUAAGUCUCAAUGGAACCUCUCCUUCUUCAGCAAAAUUCAUUAGUGCUCGUGCUGCUGCUGCUGCUGAAGGAGCUGUUUCCGCUCCUAAUACUGCAAAUUUCAAUCCCCGAUUGGAUAGUCCAUCAAUACGGAAGUCGUCUGUGGUAGAUCAUUCCAAAUCCGUUCCGGUCCAUAGGUCGGUAGUGAAGCCCGCUGAAAAGGUCCAUAUUCGACCAAGCGCAAAAGUUGGAGCUCCACCUAAUGCUUCUUCUGAACAGCGGAAUUCUUCAGGUACAAAGAGGUCUCUUCAUGAAACCACGCUCUUUCGUCAAAAUUCAAUGGAAACAAGCAAUGGAAAUUCAAUGUCUGGUUCGGAAACCAUUCCGAAACUAUCGCAAGAUGACCCUGGAAAUGAUAAAAAGCCUAAAACAAAUUGA